GAAAGCCCGACCGACAAUCUCGGCCCGUAAUAACCCCAAAGAACUCAAUAAAAGGAGCAAUAUGGACCAUUAACUGUCGUAGAGCUGGUGAACAAAAGCGAUAGAUACCCGAUACACUGAUUUAAAACCUUGGUGCAAAGUGGCCCACCUAAAUGGCACCUAAAAAUCAACCAACACAUCCAUAAAUUAAUAUUUCAAACAUGUUCAAGUAUACCAACCACUCUGACUAUUGCUUACAGAGGUUCCCAACUCCAUAAGUGAUUAAUACCAGAGUCCUAGCGUUGAUGAACUACCCCUUGAAAUCUUCCCAUCAACCCUCUCUCAUUCCUACUAAAAAUGGGUCACUAACCAACUAACAUCACUAGACUCCUUUUACAAGUUUUCAUGGAGAGUUGUAUAAACUCUCAAUGUCUAUGUAAGGGGUUUCACAAAUGAUAAGGUAAGUUUUGGGUCAUGGCCAUGGACACAUUUUCUAGGGUUGUGAUGGUGGUGAUGGUCUUUUCCAUGUGGGGCCCAUUUAUUAGGGCUGCGAAUCAAGGUCUCGGGGCGUCUUUCAUCUUCGGCGACUCGUUAGUGGACGCCGGGAAUAAUAAUUACUUGUCGACGCUCUCGAAGGCGAACAUCCGGCCUAACGGUGUCGAUUUUAAUGCGUCGGGAGGGAAUCCUACCGGACGGUAUACUAAUGGGCGGACGAUCGGCGAUCUUGUCGGAGAGGAACUAGGCCAGCCGAACUACGCAAUACCAUUUCUGUCCCCAAACGCCACAGGGUCCGCCAUACUGAAUGGGGUGAACUAUGCUUCUGGUGGUGGCGGUAUCAUGAACCAAACUGGCAGGAUUUUCGUUGGGAGGCUGGGAAUGGAUAUCCAGAUUGACUACUUCAACAUAACUAGAAAGCAGUUGGAUGGAUUGCUGGGUGCAUCUAAAGCAAGAGAUUACGUAAUGAAGAGGUCCAUCUUCUCAAUCACCAUUGGUGCAAAUGACUUCCUCAACAACUAUCUCCUACCGGUCAUUUCCAUUGGAGAGAGGAUAUCUGAGACUCCUGAUGGUUUCAUCAAUCAUAUGAUCAGCAAUCUACGGUCACAACUUACUAGGCUCUACAGGUUGGACGCUCGAAAGUUCGUGAUAGGGAAUGUGGGGCCCAUCGGCUGCAUCCCCUAUCAAAAGACAAUCAACCGACUCAGCGUAGAUGAAUGUGUGAAGCUGCCAAAUCAGCUGGCUGUCCAAUACAAUGGACGGUUGAGAGAUUUACUAACGGAGCUGAAUGAAAAUCUACCGGGGGCCACGUUUGUCCUAGCGAACGUGUAUGAUCUGGUCUUGGAACUCAUCACCAACUACGCCAAAUAUGGAUUUCGAUCAUCAAGCACUGCUUGCUGUGGCAAUGGAGGCCAGUUCCAAGGGAUCAUCCCAUGUGGGCCCACCUCUUCUUUAUGUGAUGACCGUUCAAAGUACGUCUUCUGGGAUCCAUACCAUCCAAGUGAGGCAGCCAACAUCAUAAUUGCAAAGCAACUGAUCGACGGCGACGCCAAGCACAUAUCGCCGGUGAAUCUCCGGCGGCUUCGAGAUCUAUGAUUGUAGUCCUCGUGAGCUCUUGUGAUCAUGUGAAUGAAAAUGGUCUACC